AUACAUUUUACUCCAUCGUGUGCUUUUGCGCAAUGAAGUCCACAACGAAAACAGGAUGUUUUUACAUGCCUUAGACGUAACAAAAAGGAAAAUACAGAACCGUUCCGACGCUAAGGGUGCGAUCUGUAUGAUUCAUUUUCGAGCUUCAAAGCUUCAAGCUUCAACGUUUAUCGGCCAGGUCAACUCAGAAAUCAACACAUUAUGACACGUCCUCCCAAGCCUGUACCUGUCGACAGCAAUUCUCUCUAUAUUUGCGCCAGUCCCUUGACGUCGAAUACCAAAUUCCACUGGAGUCUCAUUCACGUCGACCAUAGUGGCCGCGCCACAGCCCAUCAGUGGACCUCAGUGGAUAAACACGACAUGACGGGCCCUGAGGAGUACGCAAUGGAAGUUUUGAGCCAAGGACCUAUGACGAGAUGGGCCGGCACCGUCAUCCUUGGUUACUACAAAGUCUCGGAAUACCCUGUUACUACACUGGAAGAGUUUACCAACCUCUGUCAGUGUAUCUUUCCUGAGAGUUACGAGACGGCGCAGGCAAAUAGAGAUCAUGGGAUCACUUGUAGGACUUGGGUCUUAGAGAUCCUGAUUGGCCUUGGACUCUCUGAGAGCCGCGUAAAGCAGAUCGAGGACAGUGUCAUUGCACGCAGCACGGAGUUGGGAAAUGAAUAUCUUAAUGCAUUCUUGUGGAGACGGGAGUUUGAAGCUGGUAGGGUCUUCGAAGUUUGAGAGUAUGCGCUGCUGCCGGUACCGUGUUAGUCCAUUCCUAUCUCGGAAACACCAGUGUUCUCGCUAUGGUCAUUGUCGGGAUGUACGACGAAUAAGGAAUGUAUUAUUAGUCGGCUGAUUCUGAGCAAUGCCGACUGAAGGGCAUAUGCCACAAUACCAAGCAUAGGAAUUUCAUCUCCGAGCAACGCAUGCAGAAUGUAUCACCCGUCUCACCCGCCGGUGGUCCCUGCGCUACGCGUCGAGAACAUUGCUCACGAUAUUUCAUGUAAGUAGGCCAGAUCAUAGACGAUGCCGGACGCUAUCACGGGAGAGUUAGUCAUUUUGUAUUAAG